AAAAGACGAAGAAGAAGAGCUCUCUCUGUUUUUUGAUAUGGCCGCUUGAACUCUCUCUCUCUCUCUCUCUAAAACUAUCAUCUCUUUCUGUGUUAACGUCUAUAAAUCUCUCUCUUUCUCAUUAGAAAUUCAUCUACAAUUACAAGGAGAGGGUAUUAAAUAUGGAGAAAAACGAAGAGUCAGAUAGCCCUGGUUGGGGUGCUUCAUUCUUCAUGCAGACCACUGAAGAUGUCGCUCGAGCUGUUGCUGCAGCGGCUGCAGCUGCAACUACAACUGCUGUUCGUUCUCCACGGCCAUCAGUUGUAUUUUCAUCCAAGGAUGACAGUGGUAGCCAACUGCAAAAACUUCAGCGCCAAGUUUCUAGAGUUUUGAAAGGCUUCUCAAGUCCUCCUGAAGUGAAGAGAGGAAAUUACAACCCAGAAGUAUUAACUAGCCUAAAGCGUCAAUGGGCAAGCUUUCAGUUGCAGUCCUUGGACCACAGAAUUAUCAAAGAACCAUCAAAGAUUUUCGAGAGCAUGGUAGUUGUUGGUCUUCAUCCUAAUUGUGAUCUUCAGACACUUCAAAAGCAGUACAUUGCUAGAAAGUCUGAAGGUUCGGGGAGAUUUCGAAGCGCCCUUAGUGGUCAGUAUCAGUCGCGUGUUGAACCAAAUUAUGAGCCACAGGUCUUAUUUGUUUACCCUCCUGAAAAACAGCUGCCACUCAAUUAUAAGGAUCUUCUUUCAUUCUGUUUUCCUGGAGGCAUAGAGGUUCAUGCGGUUGAGAAAACUCCAUCAAUGAGUGAAUUGAAUGAAAUACUUCUAGGACAGGAACAUCUAAAACAAAAUGACCUGUCCUUUGUGUUCCGGUUACAGGUUGCCGAUAAUUCAACUCUCUACGGUUGCUGUGUUUUAGUGGAAGAAAUAGUGCAAAAACCUUCUGGAUUGAUAACCAUGAUUUCAGAUGGACAACCUUUCUGCUCAGCUUUGAGUCGCCAUAUUUUAACCACACACCGGUGUUAUUGCAUUCUUUCGAGGCUUCCAUUUUUUGAGCUGCAUUUUGGUAUAUUAAAUAGCAUCUUCACUGAAGAGAGGUUGGAAAGGUUGACAAAGAACAUUGGUGAUCUGGAUUUGGAACUACCCAUGGGUUACUGCAAGGAAGAUACGCCAGAAGCAAAGUCUGAUAGUGCUUCUCUGAACUGUAGAAUGGAUGACAUGCUGAAUGAAACCUUAAAACCUUCCCAAACAAGGUCGAGUGCAUCUAUCCCCGGAAGAGUCGCAUCUGAUGUUCCAAUUUAUCUUGAAUCAGAGAAGCUAGCAGCUAAAAAAGAAUCUGUAAUUGCAACACAGAUUUCUGAAGCUAGUGAUGCUUAUGUUGAUGAUAUUGCAGCCAACAAGCAAUCCUCAGAAAGGCGUUUACCGAAUGCGGUUUGGCCACUUCUGCGUUUCCAGGGCUCUCCAAGUGAAGAUCGAAAUUUCAGGAGCGAUAUCGAUGAAGCAGAGAUUGAAGAGGCAUCCUUUUCUGGCCAGGAAUACACUAGCGAACACAGUGAUAUUCUUGAAUGGGCUAAGGCCAACAACCAUGGAUCCUUACAAAUAAUAUGUAGCUACUACCGUUUAUGCUGCCCCGCUAGGGGUUCAACAAUUAAGUUCCACCCUUUGGAGCACCUGCAUCCAUUGGAUUUUCAUAGACCUGAUGAAACAGUUCUACAGAUUGCUGGUUCAACAAUUGAUCUGAAAUCAUGCAGUACAAGUUUGGAAUAUGCAGAGGCACACAGUGCACUCAUGGCGGAGGAGGAAGCAACAGCUUUAUCUGUAUGGGCAGUUGCAUGCUUAUGUGGCGCCUUGCGACUUGAGCAUGUGUUAACAUUUUUCGCUGGGGCUCUGCUAGAGAAGCAAAUUGUUGUUGUUUGUUCUAAUUUGGGAAUAUUGUCUGCUUCAGUUUUAUCGAUAAUCCCCCUGAUUCGCCCCUAUCAAUGGCAGAGCUUGCUGAUGCCGGUUUUGCCAAACGACAUGUUGGAUUUUUUGGAUGCACCUGUUCCGUACAUUGUUGGUGUGAAGAACAGAACUGCAGAGGUGCAGUCAAAGUUAACAAAUGUCAUUCUUGUUGAUGCCAGCAAGAAUCAGGUGAAGUCACCAACAAUGCCACAAUUACCCCAACACAAGGAGUUGUAUUAUUCCUUAAGUCCUUAUCAUGCAAAGCUUGUGGGAGAAAGUUAUUUGGGGAGAAAAAGGCCAGUUUAUGAUUGUACCGAUGUGCAGGUGGAAGCCGCCAUGGGUUUCCUAGCAGUCUUACGGUCUUACUUGGAUUCUCUUGGCUCUACCCUACGCUCUCACACAAUUACGAAUGUUCAAUCCAAUGAUGAUAAGGCCUGUUGGAGAAAUUGAGAUUUUUUGCUGAUUAAAAUUUUAAUGGAUGAUCAGGUAUUUGUUGUUAGUUGGCAAAAAAACACUAUUUUAUUCUAUAUUAUUGCCAAUUCCAUCUUAAAAUGUAAGACAACCUGAUAGAAAUUGGAAAUGUGUUUCUUAGUCAAUAACACAUGGAUUUAACUAAAAAAUAUUACUUUUGCUAUAAAUGUAAUUGGAGGCAAAGCAUGCACAAUUUGUAACAUAUGUUCAUUAUUAAUUGAUCAUGUUGUAAAUGGAAACUAAUCAGUCUCUUAGCCUUCUGCAAAGUACUUUGACUACUUACGCUCAAAAGCCCAGCAAUAUUUAGUUUGUACUUACAUCCUUUGUUUAGGAUUUAGGGCGCUCUUGAUCAGCUUAUUCUGUCAUGGCCUUCUUUGUGAUUUACUUGCGAAAAUAUGGGUCAAGCCAUGAGUAGCCUCUGGAAUGGUUGUUAAGUAUCUGAAGCAUUGAGACAAUGAUUUGAUUGUUAUAUUCAAUGUGUCCAGCUAACCAAUGCCCCGAGGCAUUUGUGAAGGGAUGAAAAGACAAAAAAGGGGGAGAAAUGAGAUAUGGAGAGAGAAAAGGAAGGCCCAACGCACAAGCCUCCUACCACUGCGGGGUGUGGGAGGGGGUCCACGUGCUGAGG